AGUGCACAGGGAAGCAGCACAUCCUUCCAGCAUCAGCACUAGAUUUGCAAAGCCUGAUCUUAUUGCUGUGUGAGCCCUGGAAGAAAUUAGAGGAGAUCCUCAAGGUCUCUGGUGCUGUCUUGGUGGGUGAAGUGAGCAGCAAGGCAUUUCAGCAAACAGGCAGCCAAGGUGGACGAAGCACUUGCAGUCAGAGGUUGAGUAGCAUGUGGAGAAGCAGAUGAGCCUGGCAGAGCUGCCUGCAGCGUUGGACAACACACUCAUGGUUUCCAGGAGUGGGCUUCAGUGUGCAGCUCUCAUGUCCUACAGAUACAAACUGCAGUGCCUCAAGAUCCAGGUGAGGCAGAUCGCCAGGGAGAGGGACAAGGCGAGGCUGGACUUGGAGAAAGCGGAGAGACGCUGCCUGCAUCUCAGCAGGGAGUUGGACGAGCAGUACGUCACUCUUGAGCACACCCAGAGCAAGCUCAGGGAUUUUCAGGCAGAAACAGAGGCAAAAGAUCUGCUUUUGCAGCAAGCAGUCAGUCACCAAGCAAAGCUGGAGGCUGAUACACAGCUGUUCCAAGGCAAAGAGGCCAGCUGGCAAGGGAAACUGAAGCACACCAUGAAGGAGAACAUACAGCUGCAAAACAAGGUCACGGAGAUGGCUGAGAAACUGGCAGCCUCUGAGAAGCUGGUGUUGGAGUUGCAGAAAGAGCUCAACUGUGUUGUGAAGGACAAGCUGGGCCAGGUGGAGUCCCACAGUCCAGAGCUCCUGAACCAGAGUGAGUGCUUCGCAGAGAUUGUCCUGGAGUACGAGCGGCAGUGCCAGGUGCUGUGGGACCAGAAUGGAUUGCUGCAAAGGGAGCUGGAAAGGCUGUAUCUGCAACUACAGGAGAGCAGGGCUGAGAGAGGGCUGCCAGCAGGAGGCCUGUCUUCACAGGACUCUUCUCCUGUGUGCCCCCAUCCCAGCCCUCUGCAUCCCACUUCUGCGUGCACAGAGACAUCACUCUCAAUGGAGCAGCUCCAAGAGCAGAUGCGGGACUUGAAGGUGCAGCUGGAAAUGAAGGGAAGAGCUGUGCCAGCUGCUGGAGGAGAACAGCAUGCUGAAAAGUCAACUUGGGAGACUUCAGCAAGAGCUGAGGCUGGCAAAGGAGAAGGGCAGCGAACACAAUGGAGUGAGAAGAGCAGCAGGGAGAUCUCCCACCUCAAUGUAAGGAUGUGUCGACUGGGCAGUGAAGUCACUAAACACCAGGCUGGCCAUGGUGCUGGCCCUGACACCAUCCCAUUGUGGAGCCAGAGGCUUGCAGAGGCUGAGUGGCUACGAGGAGCAGAGACGGCUGCAAGGCUGGAGCACCACCAGCAGCAUGCAGCAUGUUGGAUGGAGAUGGAGCUGCUUCAACAGCAGCUCAGGGCCUCGCAGGAGAAGCUUUUAGAAGCCAAAGCAAGCCUGAGCCUGGCUCAGACUCAGCACGCUCUGCAGUUGCAGCAGGUCAAGGCCCAGAUGAACAACAUGGUGCCAAGGAAGCACUUUGAGGAGCUGCAAACCAGCUUGAGAGCAGAACAAUGCAAGGCUCAGCAGCUCCAGGAAAGCCUCCACCGGCAGGCUGAGCAGACAUGCAGGCAGCUGCUCAGGACUCAGGAGGAACAUGAGUGUCUGCUGAAGGCAGCUAUGGAGCAGGCAGAGGCGCUAGAGCACAACCUCAGGAGUACUGAAGCUGUGCUGGUAGAGAGAGCAGCUCAGCUUAAAGAUGCCCAGGCCCAGCUCUCCAGGAACAAACUGCUGAUCGAAGACCUCCGUGAGGAGAACAGGGGGGUUACAAUGGCCCUGCAGACAGCUGAGCUGAAGCAGAAGAGCACUGAGGAGAAGAACCAGCUGUUGGAGGAGCAAGCCUCAGCUCUGAAGCAGCUCAUUGGAAAAAUCACACCAGCAUCUUUGAGUGGGUGAUAGGGCGCGUGCUGUGGCAGCCUUGUCCCUGGUCCUGGCCAGGGUUUGUCAGCUUCUCUUGGGCUCUAGGAGUCUCUGGCCCUUCUUUGAAAGCCUGAGUCUAGGAUCAAAACCAACCUGAUACCAGAUUGUUGCCGCUGCUGUGAACAGAUCAGAAGGGCUGAGGGAAAAGUCUUUCAGUUUGAACCUUCAAGGCUCGGGGCAGGGCUGGUGACCCAUCAUCAGGAGUACUGCUCUUCUUCAAAGGAUACCAGGAGACAUGGAUGGUGGUACCGUCAUCAACCUCAAACUCUCCAUAGUCUCUUAAACACCGCACCUGCAAAGCAGAAAUGCAGCUCUUGGAUCAUCAGAUCUCCCACAGAAAACACCAGACAUCACUGCUGACUUAAAACACAUGCCUGCUGGAGCCUCAAUGUGGAGCAGAUCUAGAAAUACACAACUGGACUGAUCCCAUGCUCUAUAGACUCUACCUGAUGUUCUCCUCCUGCCUCUGCCUGGACCAAGAAGCACCAGUGAGCCCAGUCCUCCAGAGACUAGAAGAAGAGCAGCACAAGAGACACGAUGUGGGGAGCAGCAGUAUUUCCAGAACUUUUCCACACACAUACCAGAAAAUGGUGAACUGUUAACUGUGAAACUCUUGAGGAGCAGGUUGAUGCCACUACAUCUUCUUUUGAAGGGAAUGUCAGAAUAGAGCAUUUCAGCUACUGACUUGGAUGUUUCACAUGCUCUUGCUUUAUUCUAUCAAUUGUAUAAAAAGAUCUGUAGUUUCAUGUGUCAAAGUCCACGUAAAAUAACAAGGAAAACCAAUUGACAGUCCUUAGCAUGGGAACAAGGUUUCUAGUUGAUCUAGAUUUGGUUAAGUUUCUGCAAAAUGCUGCAAAACUUCUCAUUGGGAUUCAGACCACUCACCCCACCACACAAAUUCCCUUCAGACUAGAAAUGCUAUCUUUCAACAGACUUUGAGCAGUCAGUGGAAGAGGGAGUAAAAUGCUAAUGGUAGAACGUAAAUGGUAAAAUGUAGAAGCCUGUGGAAGCUUUGGUGUUCUUGAAGGCUUUGUCAAGUGAUCUGACUUGGGAUGGGGGUGAAAUUAUCUAAAAAACAAUGUUUGGGCAAAAAGUUUGUUCAAAACCAGAAACCAUUUGCACUUACUUCAAUGUACAGGCUUUUAGGAGGUUUUAUGUCCUGUGUAAGGUCCAGGCCUUCCUCUCCGCCUACUGACCUCAUGUAGGUAGCCAGAGACUUUUUGUACCGAUUGAACCAUUCCACCUGCAGACAUUAAUAUUGAUUCCUCAGGCAAAGCUGAACAGCUAAUGCUGAAAGAGAGGUCCCCAGUGAGUGAUACCCAGUUUAUCUGUGCUGUCAUACCAUUGUUCCAGAGCAUGUUUGUACCAGCCAAAGGUGAAUGCAAGUUUUUCUUAAGGGAAAGACUGCCACAGAUGGAGAGCAAUCUGGAUUCAGGGCACAUUCUGCUAAUGUAAGCAUCUUUGUACAUUGGUCUAGAGAUGGCAUUUGAGAGCAGCAUGGGAAGACUUAGUUCUGUUGGCUUUGAGUCUGAUCUUCCACCUAAUCCUUGAAAGUGCCCAGCAUUACUGGCACUUGGUAUCUGUUUGGGGUUGUACCCAUAGACAAUGAAUAAACAAAUUGGUGUUUACAGGAA